AUGAUUUUUCGUUCUAUUUCUGGUUUAGGCUUUCAGUUUAGCGCACACGAGCCAACAGCCCUUCUCCAGAAAAAUAGUGGUCCGUGUGCCAUUAUUGCUGCGGUCCAAGCUGCCAUUCUACGUCAAAUACUUUUUACUUCAGACCAUCCCAUUCCGGUUGUUUCGAGUGAGAUCUUAUUGGUCACUUCUGUGGAAACACUGGACGAAUUACACGCACUGCUUCUUUCUCUCAUCCCCAUGUUCGAAGCAGACUUCGGUAUUUUAUGUUUCCUCUACUCUAUUCUCGUUACACAUGGGCUUGAAAAAGUCAAGAGUGGAAUGCUCGGCGAAACUGAGACCCUAGUUGAUUCAACGUUUGGGAGUGCUAGUCAAUGCCUUUUAAAUCUUCUCCUUACUGGGAGAACCACGCCGUACCUUUUUGACGGAAAACGCGACCUUUCUGGUUUUAGUAUGCAGGGUAUUACCGAGCAGCCAAAAACAGGUUUCCUUUCAAUCAUGGAAACUCUGCGUUACUGUGAAGUUGGUUGGUUUUUGAAAAAUCCUUCAACGCCGAUUUGGAUCAUCGGCUCUGAGAAUCACUUCACGGUACUGGCAUCGCCAUGCCUCGAUCUUGUCUCCAUAGAUCAGCCAGCACCACAAGCAAAACCGGGUGUGCCUACCUCACCAGCCGUAUCAAAGGCCAGUUUGUGGCAGGCAGAACGAGAAUUUGACGGCCUUUGCGAAAGUCGUGAUGCCGGCUUUCUGACUUAUGCAAAAUAUGAAGAACUACUUGGUCGCCUUGGAUUGCCCGCCGAUGAAGUUUGUAACACCCGAAUCUAUUUUUGGUUAAUUAGUGUUGAACGGGCCAAACAAGCCAUUGAUCCCGAUGGGAUGCAGAUUAUCCUGCGGCAUCCCUUUCUUGAUUACUACUACGCCGACGAAAUAAAGCGCCAAGGCACAUUGCGAUCUGAAUUCCAGGUGAUACAUUUCAAUGGGCUUCCUGUCGGCCAUCCUAAUGGCAAGGUUGUCUAUAGUUACGGUGUUGCAAGAAUCCUUGAUCCAGUGGAAGACAGUGCUUCGUCAACCCAGACCCCGCUAGAUCGUUGUCUUCGCACAAAGUGGCCCACAAUUCAGGUCACGUGGCAGGAAGACCUCAAGCCGACAAUCAACUGA